AUGGGCCCAAUAGGCUCCGGAAAAACGAUGCUACUGGAGACUGUGCUAGGUGAGACCGCCGUAAGUAGUGGCCGCGUAUCAAUAGUCUCUAUGCCCAUUGCAUACUGCGCCCAGACCCCCUGGCUGGUGGAUACCAGUAUCCGGGGUAACAUCGUUGGCCCGCUCGACUUUCAACCGGACUGGUACCGUCACGUACUCUGGCUGUGCUGUUUGACCGAGGAGGUUCAAGCUCUACCAGAACGAGACUUUACCAGAAUCGGAGGACAGGGGUUCAUGCUCAGUGGAGGGCAGAAACAACGCCUGGCCCUUGCUCGUGCCCUUUAUUCCGGCUGUAAGAUGAUAGUCCUUGACGAUAUCUUUAGCGGACUUGAUGGGGCCAAUAUAAAUAGUAUUUGUGAAAGGCUACUGGACAGGCAUACGGGUUACCUGCGUUCCAGAGGCAUUACUGUUAUCCUAUCGACACAUAAUGCCAAAGUAGCGGCCUUUGCCGAUGAGAUUCAUCUUCUAAAAGAGGGUACAGUCGUGACAUACAAGCCGUCUCCCCCUUCGACACCCUCUUCUGGUCAUCAAAUUUCGUUUCCUGACGACCACGACUACGGACAAUUGGCCUCGACAGAACAGCAGCCUUCUCAAUCUUUCGAUGCUGACAUCUCCUCCAAUGAUGACAUACUGGAUACAAAACAGGGGGUCUCGCAGCCGGUCAAAGAUCGCUCUGUUUAUCUAUUUUACCUAAAGUCCGCAGGCUUGGGGCUUUCAGUUCUUUACAUAGUACUUGUCCUUGUCUUUGCGUUCUGCCAAAAUUUCCCAACACUUUGGCUCAAGUGGUGGUCAGAGGCCAGUACUGAAAGCCCAAACAGGCCACAUUGGAUGUAUUUGGGCGUUUUUAUUGCCCUUGGGCUAGGUGCUGUAAUUAUUGGCGCUGCCAGCUCAUGGAUUUACCUUCUUCGUAUGAUAUCCAACACUGCAGAACGUCUACAUCUAUCCAUGCUAAGCGCUCUUUUGCGUGCACCGCUCUUCUGGCUUAGCGAGGCUAAUUCAGGCGACAUUCUGAAUCGUUUCAACCAGGACUUGGAACUUACCGACAUGACCUUACCGCUUGCCGCCAUUAACACAACGAAAGCGCUGGGGGCUUGUUUGCUGAAGAUGAUCAUACUGUUCGUCGUAGCGAAGUACAUGUCCCUCACAGUUCCACCUCUUCUGAUAGCAUGCUACUUCCUUCAACGGUACUACCUCCGGACAUCUCGACAAAUACGCCUUCUCAGCAUCGAGACCAAAUCUCCAUUGUAUCAACAUCUUUCUGAGACAUUGAGCGGUGUAUCUACCAUCCGUGCAUUUCGCCGACAACGAUGGUUUGAGAGUAACAACCUCUUGCUUGUGGAUAACUCACAGAAAUGUGUCUAUGCCCUAUUCAUGAUCCAACAGUGGUUGACCCUCGCUAUGGAUCUGUUGGCAAGUGGACUGGUAGUUCUUCUCAUGAUCCUCAUCGUCUUUACCAGGGAUUCGUUCGAUUCAGGCUCAUCUGGAACAGCAAUUGUGACCCUCAUGAGCUUUACCCAGUCUUUAGCACGCUUGCUAAAAUUUUGGUCGCUGACUGAAUCAUGCCUUGGGGCGGUCUCCCGGAUUAAAAGCUUCGGGGAUACCGUGCCGUCAGAAGAGCAGAGUAAACGUUUCGAUGCUAACUCAUUGUUGUCCCUAAAUGAAAAGGUAUCAUGGCCUAGUCAUGGUGAAAUCGAAUUCGAUAAGGUUGUCGCAGCUUACAGAUCUCAUCCCGUUCUGAAAACAGUCUCAAUGCGCAUCGAGCCAGGGGAUAAAGUCGCCAUCUGCGGACGCUCGGGAAGUGGCAAGUCAUCCCUUGUGCUCUGUCUUGGUGGAUUGCUUCCCAUACAAAGCGGCGCCGUUAGAAUUGACGGGGUCGACAUCAUCAAUGUCUCUUCACAGGAUAUCCUCAAGCAUCUGAGCGUCGUGCCCCAAGAUCCGUGCUUUCUGCCCGGAACCAUCCGGCUAAAUAUCGAUCCUGAUGAGACACUGUCGGAAUCCGCCCUGGAAGGCGUCCUCGAAGCCACCCAUUUGUCUGCUAUUGUUCGAAAGAUGGGCGGACUGGACGCUGAUCUAAAGCCGGAAUUAUGGUCGGCCGGGCAAGGGCAGUUGCUGGCACUUGCGCGCAGUAUGGCGAGGAAGAGCGUGGUUCUAAUCCUUGAUGAAGCCAUGAGUCGAGUCGAUCUUUCUACCCAGUCGCUCAUGGAACGCAUCGUUGCUAGUCAUUUCAACUAUUGCACCGUUCUUUCAAUCGUGCACCGACACGAGAACAUAUCCGCCUUCGAUAAGGUUGCGCUCUUCGAAGAUGGGGAACUUAUGGAAUUUGACAGGCCUGAAUUAUUGCUAUCAAAAGAGACCAGGUUUCGGGCUCUGUACACUUCGAGCCACACUUGA